AUGUCGAAGCAAGAGCAAGUGCUCCAAAUUGUGCCCCAAAAUGAGCUUAAAUUUGUAGGACCUUUUAAUACACCAGUCACAGCUUAUAUGAAAUUAACUAAUCCUACAGAGAAAAUGGUCAUGUUUAAAAUUAAAACUACAGCUCCGAAAAAGUAUUGUGUCCGACCCAAUUCAGGUGUUCUUGGACCCAAUAAAACUAUAGAGAUUGCAAUUUGUUUACAACCAUUUCUGUACGAUCCUGCUGAAAAGAACAAACAUAAGUUUAUGGUACAAACAGUGUUUGCCCCAGAGGCUGUUGAGACGAAUUUGGACUAUUUGGACACAUUAUGGAAAGAAAUAAGUCCCGAUCAACUGAUGGAUUCUAAAUUAAAAUGUGUCUUUGAACUACCUCCAGAAGAGCACAAGAUCACUGGAGAGCCCCAAGGUCCAAGUGCGCCCUCAGAAACUGGCGGCAAUGAGAUUCCCAAGUCUGCACCUAUAACACAUGCUAGUGGAGAAGUAGCUCAGGAACUACAAAGAGCUGCUAAAGAGGUUCAGCAAUUACGAGAGUUGGAGAGUGAACUCAGACAUGAGAAUAUUCGCCUAAAAGAAGAAAUUCUGGUAAUAAAGAAACAAAAAGGACUUCUUACACCAAACAGAUAUGCCCCGCCAGGAGAACAGCCACAGACUCUGUAUUAUAUUGCAGUAGCAAUCAUUAUAGGUAUCUUUGGUAUAGUUUUUGGCAAAUUUGUACUCUGAAAGGAGAAAUUGUCGUCUUUUGAAACACCCCUAUAAUGUAUAUUAAUACAAAGUAAAAGAAUACAUCUAAAUAGAAAUUUUACCCAUUAUAUUUACUGUACUAUAAAUAAAUACUAAAUUUUUCAGUGGUAAGUCGCUCACUGACUGAGCCAAAUGUGUAUCUGAUUUUAAUUCAAUAACAAUUUACUUAAGCUUAAUUAUUUAUAUUAUUGUAGACAUGUAUUUUUUCAUUAAACUUCUCACUAAACCUCUGAGUAUGAAUCAAUUUCAAACUGGAGUAGACUUUAAUGUGAACUUAACUUAUUAUCAAUAUGUAAAUAUGCAAUAAAUGGCUGCAAACACUAUGGUAAUCUUAAUGGGAAGUAUUUCGAAUUUAAUGCCAAUAAAUAAACUAUAAAUCGACCUUUAUAAUUUCUACUGGUGGAAGUAAGAAUCUAUAAAAACUCUUGUAUAAAUAAUAGUAGUAAAUAUAAACUGAAACAUCAUUAGAUUUCAUUUGACAGCAUAUUUUUAGGUAUCAAUGACCGUUGUUAAAAAUUAAUCAGUGUUUUUAUGGAAUACUCAAAAACUAGUGCAUGGCACACCGACAUUUAAAUUAACACUGUGAAUAUUCAUUGACAAAGAUUAGAAAUUUGCUAUAUUGCACUUUUGUUUUUAGGAGUGUUUCAAAUAAAAUUUUGUUAUGUUGGUCUUUAAAAUUUAUAUAGAUUAUUGCAAGCUACGCCGUUUCAUUUUUGUUGUAUAUAUUAGUGUUUAAUUAAUAAAAAAAAAUAUAAAGAUAAAAAUAUUUUUUUAUCUGAAACACCCCACUUGCAAUAACCGAUUCAUUUUCAGUGUUGUGUCAGUAGAAUAAGCUGUUCGAUUUGUAUUUCAUAUGAUCAAAAUAUUUUAAGCUUGCAUGUUAUUUAAUAAUUUAUUGUCUGGUUUGUCCAUAAUGAAAUAUAAUUCUACUGACGAAUUUUUUACUAUUAGUAUUUGAGAUUUACAGUGAUUUUUACGUUUAUAAUUAUUUAUAUAUAUAUAAAAAGUUUAGUGUGUAUAAAUCAGUGUAGCUACUGGUUCUUUAGAUUUGAAAAAUAUAACUGUUUAAACAUUUAUUGUGAGUGUUUUAUAUAUAUACAGAUUGUUAAAAAAUUAAAUCCGUAUUACAAUAUCAUUACUCUUUUCAAAUUCAUUCUUAUCACACAGUCUCAAAAUCUAUUACAUAUUAAUUACAUUAUUUCAUCUAUAAGUUUUUUCAGCAGGUUUAAUUGUAUGUUUAAAAGGGGGUUCUAAUCAUUAACUUAUUACAGGUUAUUUAGCAGUAAUGAUAUAAUAUCAUAAUGAUAUAAUGAUUUUGAGAAUUUGGUAAAACUUUCAUGACGACUUGGCUGUCACUUUGAAUUAAUUAUAUUCCUUAUUACCAGAUUUUCAUUAAAAUAGUUUUUUCUUUCAAAAUAAAUUGCCUUCUCUGUGCAAAAUGAUUCACAUCAUAAAUUUCCUCGUUGUAGGGAUUUGAAAAAAGUUGAAAAUAAUCAUAUAGAUGCAUAUAAAAAAUAUAUAAUAACUUUAGAAAUAACUUCUUUUGAGUCCCUGAAUAUAAAAUAUAUUUUUUUUGUGUAUUUGGGCAAAUGAAGAUCGGAAAGGGUUUCAUUUAUAGUAUUUUAUUUCAUUAAAUUGCUUCUAGGGGCAAUUUUGUGAAUUGAAGCAUUUUUGUGUCACUCUGUGUAUAUUAUUUUGUUUUAGCAAGCUAAAUAUAGGUAUCUGUAAUUUUA